CUCACACACACCCACGGUGGACACGCACGCACCCGGGCGCCGAAAAGAAAACCGCGUCUCGCCAUCCUACCCAGCCAUCAGUUCUGUCUCCGUUCCUCAGCAGAACGCCAAAGCGGAGGCUAGAACCGUGACCUCUGACCCCGUGGUUAUGCGGAGCCGCCGCAUUCCUUAGUGAUCGCGGGACCGCCGCCGCCGUGGGCGACUGACGCAGCGCGGGCGCGUGGAACCGCCGCCGCCCCUCCCCCCCGCCACCCUCGCGCCGGGUCUCGCACCAGCCGGUCCCCGUGCGCCCGCCCCCUCUCCGGCCGCACCCGAGUCCUCGCGCGCUGCCGCCGCCGCCACGCGCCCCCCGCCGCCGCCGCCGCCGCCCCAGCUCCGCGCCGCCGCCCCAGCCCGCCCCGCUCGGAGGUCCCGCGUGGAGCCACCGCCACCGGGGAGGAGGAGGAUGAAGGACAAACAGAAGAGGAAGAAGGAGCGCACGUGGGCCGAGGCGGCGCGCCUGGUAUUAGAAAACUACUCGGAUGCUCCAAUGACACCAAAACAGAUUCUGCAGGUCAUAGAGGCAGAAGGACUAAAGGAAAUGAGUGGGACAUCCCCUCUUGCRUGCCUCAAUGCCAUGCUACAUUCCAAUUCAAGAGGAGGAGAAGGGCUGUUUUUUAAAUUGCCUGGCCGAAUCAGCCUCUUCACACUCAAAAAGGAUGCCCUGCAAUGGUCUCGAAAUCCAGCUGCAGUGGAAGGAGAGGAGCCAGAGGACUCGGCCGAUGUGGAGAGCUGUGAAUCUAAUGAAGCCAGCACUGUGAGUGGUGAAAACGAUGUAUCUCUGGAUGAAACAUCUUCAAAUGCAUCCUGUUCUACAGAAUUUCAGAGUCGGCCCCUUCCCAAUCCCAGGGACAGCUACAGAGCUUCCUCACAGGCAAACAAACAAAAGAAAAAGACUGGGGUGAUGCUCCCUCGAGUUGUGCUGACUCCUCUGAAGGUAAACGGGGCCCACGUGGAAUCUGCAUCAGGGUUCUCGGGCCGCCACGCUGAUGGCGAGAGUGGCAGCCCGUCCAGCAGCAGCAGCGGCUCUCUGGCCCUGGGCAGCGCUGCUAUUCGUGGCCAGGCCGAGGUCGCCCGGGACCCUGCCCCGCUCCUGAGAGGCUUCCGGAAGCCGGCCACAGGUCAAAUGAAGCGCAACAGAGGGGAAGAGAUAGAUUUUGAGACUCCUGGGUCCAUUCUUGUCAACACCAACCUCCGAGCCCUGAUAAAUUCUCGGACCUUCCACGCCCUGCCAUCACACUUCCAGCAGCAGCUCCUCUUCCUCCUGCCCGAAGUGGACAGACAGGUGGGGACAGAUGGCCUGUUGCGCCUCAGCAGCAGCGCUCUCAAUAAUGAGUUUUUCACUCACGCGGCUCAGAGCUGGCGGGAUCGCCUGGCUGAUGGUGAAUUUACUCAUGAGAUGCAAGUCAGAAUACGACAGGAAAUGGAGAAGGAAAAGAAAGUGGAACAAUGGAAAGAAAAGUUCUUUGAAGACUAUUACGGACAGAAAUUGGGUUUGACCAAAGAAGAGUCAUUACAGCAGAACGUGGACCAGGAGGAGGCCAACAUCAAGAGUGGUUUGCGUGUCCCAAGAGAAUCGGUGCGGCCACAGCGUGGUCCAGCCACCCGACAGCGGGAUGGGCAUUUUAAGAAACGCUCUCGACCAGAUCUCCGAACCCGAGCCAGAAGGAAUCUGUACAAAAAACAGGAGCAGGAACAAGCAGAUGUUGCUAAGGAUGCAAACUCUGUGGCACCUGACGUCCCUCUCUCCAAGGACAGGGAGGCUAAGACCGACUCAGCAGGGGUGAGCAGUCCCCUGCUGCCGGGCAUGUCCUCUGCAGCACCUGGCCCAGAGGGUCCUGAGUGUCCAGGCGAACCUGUGGCUUCCCGAAUCCAGACCGAGCCAGACAACUUGGUACGUGCCUCUGCAUCUCCAGAUAGAAUUCCCAGCUUGUCUCAGGACACUGCGGAUCAGGAGCCCAAGGAUCAGAAGAGGAAGUCCUUUGAGCAGGCAGCCUCUGCGUCCUUUCCCGAAAAGAAGCCCCGGCUUGAAGAUCGUCAGUCCUUUCGUAACACAAUUGAAAGUGUUCACACCGAAAAGCCACAGCCCACUAAAGAGGAGCCCAAAGUCCCGCCCAUCCGGAUUCAACUUUCACGUAUCAAACCACCCUGGGUGGUUAAAGGUCAGCCCACUUACCAGAUAUGUCCCCGGAUCGUCCCCAUCACAGAGUCUUCCUACCGGGGCUGGACUGGUGCCAGGACCCUCGCAGACAUUAAAGCCCGUGCUCUGCAGGCCCGAGGGGCGAGAGGUCACCACUGCCAUCGAGAGGCGGCCACCACUGCCAUCGGAGGUGGGGGUGGCCCGGGUGGAGGUGGCGGCGGGGCCACCGAUGAGGGAGGUGGCAGAAGCAGCAGCAGUGGUGAUGGUAGUGAGGCCUGUGGCCACCUUGAGCCCAGGGGAGCCCCGAGCACCCCUGGAGAGUGUACGUCAGAUCUACAGCGAACACAACUAUUGCCGCCUUGUCCUCUGAAUGGGGAGCAUUCCCAGGCAGGAGCUGCCAUGUCCAGAGCCAGGAGAGAAGACCUGACUUCUCUCAGAAAGGAAGAAAGCUGCCCACUGCAGAGGGUGCCAGGUGUACUCACACGGGGGCUAGAAGAUGCUUCUCAGCCCUCAGUUGCUCCCACUGGGGAUCAGCCAUGCCAGGCUUUGCCCCCACUGUCCUCUCAAACCCCAGUGGCUGGGAAGUUGGCAGAGCAGCCUACCUUGCAGCUAGAUGGUAGAACUGAGUGUGAAUCUGGCACUACUUCCAGGGAAAGGGGGAGUGAGGAGCAAGGAUCCAGUGUUCCUCCAGUGAACAGUCCUGUACAGUCUCCAUUAGGAGCUGUUGUAUUGGAAGAAGGAGCUGGCCCGGCUCUUGACAGUAAUCCUACUCUGAAGGAUCCGGAAAAUGUGACCCCCAGUUCCACACCUGAAUCAUCACUGGCUGGCCACCUGCAGGAAAGACCAUUUGAUGAUGAAUUAAGACUUGGUGACUCAGGCCCACCUGUGAGGGAAAGUGAUGGUAGACAGAAAGCCCUGAAAACUGAGGCACUCAUGUCUGACAGUGCUGCUGCUUGGACAUCCAUCCUGUUAAACGAUGAGGUGGUGAAACAUUCUGAGCCAGGAUCCAGAGAAAGUGUUCCACCUAUGGAGCCUCAGGUCAGAGAAGACUGGGAGAGCACUGCUACCCUUGUUGCCACAUCUCCUGGGGGAUUGGCAGCCGAAAAGGAUGUGGCAGCCCCUGACAGCCUUGCUUCUUCACUCUGCACAGUGCUACCUCACGGCAUGGGUGGCUCUGGCAGCGAUGGCAAACAUGUGGACAUUGAGAAGCUGCAAAUCAAUGGAGACUCUGAAGCACUGAGUCCUCACAGCGAAUCCACAGAUACAGCCUCUGACUUUGAAGGCCACCUCACUGAGGAUAGCAGUGAGGCUGACAUUAGCGAAGCCACAGUGACAAAGGGGUCCUCGGUGGACAAGGAUGAGAAACAUGAUUGGAAGCAAUCCACUUUCCUAUCCAAGGUGAACAGUGAUCUGACUCUGGUUACAAGGACAGAGGGGAUGGUUUCUCAGAGCUGGGUGUCUCGAGUGUGUGCGGUUCCCCAGAAGAUCCCAGACUCCUUGCUGCUGUCCAGUACUGAAUACCAGCCAAGACCCCUGUGCCUGGCUAGGCCUGGGUCCUCAGUGGAGGCCACCAACCCACUUGUGUUGCAGUUGCUGCAGGGUAACUUGUCCCUGGAGAAGGUUCUUCCUCCGGCCCACAGUAACAGCAAGCCAGAAUCCUUACAGCUGCCACUUCUAAAAGAGCAGAGCCGUGGUGGCCCCCUGGGCACGGGACCUUUSCAUGGUCCUGGAGAAAACACUUGUGUGGUUGACAGAAGCAGCCCUGCUUUAAAAGGGUUGAAGGAGCUGCCCCUGCCUGAGAGCCAUGAAGCAAGCACUGGUCUUGGAAAGGCAGAGGUUGCUCAGGCUUCCGGAGCACCUCAGAUUUCCAAGAUGGUCCCAAGUUUAGACUCCUUAAGUCCAGUGACAAAGCUGAUGAUCUCCUCUGGGAAACUGGAAGAAAUGGAUUCCAAAGAGCAGUUUUCUUCCUUUAGUUUUGAAGAUCAGAAGGCAGUGCGGGAGUGUAGUGAUUCACAUGCUGCUCCCGGUAAGAGUCCAGGAGAGCUCCCUACCUCGAGAGCGCCUUGCUUCUCAUCUCCAAAGGAGAUCUCCUGCGGGCCAGAGCAGACAGGUAGGGCCCCGGGUGGUCAGAACAAUGCCGGAGGCCAAGGGAAGAAGCUCUUUAGCCCUAGAAAUGUGGCUGCAACCCUUCAGUGCCCCAGGCCUGAGGACCCCACGCCAUUACCUGCUGAGGUCCCUCCAGUUUUUCCCAGUAGGAAAUUGGGGCCAAGCAAAAACUCUGUGUCUGAUGGGGUGCAAACUGCAAGGGAAGACUGGGGUCCAAAGCCACCUCUUGCCUCUGUUGGCAGCAGCAAGAAUGAAAAGACUUUAUUGGGGGGUUCUCUCAGUGCAAAUUCAGAGAACAGAAAAGCUGCUGGGCAUAGUCCUCUGGAAUUGGUGGGUCACUUGCAAGGGAUGCCCUUUGUCAUGGACCUACCCUUCUGGAAACUCCCCCAAGAGCCAGGGAAAGGGCUGGCUCAGCCCCUGGAGCCUUCUUCCAUCCCCUCCCAACUCAACAUCAAGCAGGCUUUUUACGGGAAGCUUUCUAAAUUCCAGCUGAGUUCCACCAGCUUUAAUUACUCCUCCAGCUCCCCGGCCUUUCACAGGAGCCUGGCUGGAAGCGUGGUGCAGCUGAGCCACAAAGCAAACUUUGGUGCAAGCCACAGUGCGUCACUCUCCCUGCAGAUGUUCACCGACAGCAGCACGGUGGAAAGCAUCUCGCUCCAGUGUGCCUGCAGCCUGAAAGCCAUGAUCAUGUGCCAAGGCUGUGGUGCAUUCUGUCACGACGACUGUAUUGGACCCUCAAAGCUCUGUGUAUUGUGCCUUGUGGUGAGAUAAUAAAUUAUGGCCAUUGGAAAAAUUGUAUAUUUAGUGUGUGUAUUUUGAUAAUAAUUGAUCUUAAAUCUGUAUACAGAAUAUCAUUGAUAUAAUAGACUCUGUCUGUCUAGGCAAGAGCACUCUUGCCUCCCCCUAAGAUUUAUAGUGCUAAAACCCUUUGUCACUUGUCAACCCUUCUGGUAUUACUAGAGGGGGCUUUCUUGGGGGGCAACCUGUGGGGCUGCCUAAGGCUGGCAAGCCUGAGCCCUCACAGACAGAGCCUGGUGUGGCAGGGGACCCUGCCCGAUGCCCAGAGGGACUUGAAAUAAGAAGAUUGUGUUCUCUACCAAGGGAAUGCGCCAUCAGAACUGAGCAGGAAUGCUAAGUCUCCCACUGCCCCCUCCCUGCCAUCUUUCCUUCUGCUACUUUGGGGAGUUGAUGGUCUGGGAAGAAGCCUCAUAGGGUUGAAGUAACUCCCAUUGCCCCCCAGGGCGAUCAAGCACCUGCUGACCUCAGGUUACAGUUCGGUCAUAGAUGCCAGUUGACGGAGCCAGCUGACCCUUGGUUCUGAUGCUGCAGCCAGUUCAGAACUUCCCUGUCUCUGUAUGAUCCACGAGCCCACCGGAUUUUUUGAAAGCUUGCACAGCCCUGCUUAGACAGUGGGAUUGGGGGGUAGGGUGUCUCCUAUGAAAAUGCCAUCUGUCGACCCUGUGAGUCAGCUCUGAGGAUGACUACAAGUGGCUGCUCUGCUUGCCACCUGCCCUGUCACCUUGGACUCUGGGAGUGGGCAUUUCCACACACCUGUGUAUGUGAAAGUCAUUUUACAUUUCUAAGCAGUGUGUGUUUCUUAUUUUUAUAUUUUUAACUCUUUAUUCUUGGAUGUAUAAAGUGAACCUUUGGCUUCUGUAAGUAUGCUCUAUGCACCUCUGAUGUUUUACCCUGUAUUUAUAUGUUAUACACAGUACUGGCCAACUCUGUAAAUGGAUGUAUUGUACAGAGAACACAACGUCUCUUUCCUAUUUUACAUCUUYAGCAUCAUUGCAUUAAAGCAGUGUCAUUUGCUUUUCCACCUCGAUUGUUAAAGCCACUGAGGGCUGUGCUACCUGGCAUGAGGGGGAAGUGACUGACUUGUGAUAUGUCGUGUUGGCCCAGUGACUUGUUACUUGUCACUGGGGUUCUCCACAGCCUGCAGAGCCAGGGCCAGCCUGCUUGCACACCACUGAGCAGAUGCAUCAGCUCCCACAUCUCUUCUCCUCCGGCCCUUGAUGGCUAUCCGCUGCCAUAAGUGACAAAUCACUAUCACCAGUGUUAAGUGCUUCUGGAUUCAUGGGUGAGUUCCCUGGGCAGCCCCCAGGAGGCCUUGUGGAUCUGGCUCCAGGGUCACCACCUGUCACAGCAAUACCUGGGACCACCGGGCUCCUUUUGACUUAACUUUUUGACAGCAGGUUUGGGAAGAAACAAAGCCAUGCCUACUGCCGGCCUCUCCCGACACGUCUCCAGCGAGGAGAUGCUACUGCGUUAGUCUUCCCUCAUCCUGUUCCACCUUUUUCUUGUAUCUUGACUUGCUGCAGAGUUCAGAGUCUGCCUCUCUAGUGGGUGUGUCUCCCUGUGCGAGUGCUUCUGUGUGAAAUAUAAAAUUUGUGUGUCUUGGGCGAGGCUCAUCUCACCUAAAAGGGUUUUAUCCUCUCCUCCUCCCCAUUUAAUCUGAGGUGGCAUUUUUGUCAUCUGAAGCAUGAGUGAGAAGUUGGCAAUGAUGUGAUUUAAAUACAGUAUUGGUCAAGUCCAAGUUGUCAUCUCAAGAAAUUGUUUACCAAAGACCGGGAGCAGGGGCCCAAGUGUGUCUAGCUGUCUUUUUCCUUCUUGGACCUUUGGGGCCACUCAAGGGUACAGUUUAAUACUGAUCUGGUCCACAGGGCUGCCCAGAGAAAAGCACUGCUCUUGUAUGUCUCUUGUGGUAUUGGAAAAAUAAACCUAUACAACCUGCA